GCACUGUACAAAUAUAGAAAAUAUUUUGUGGUGCCGGGACAACAGUGAGUAGUAGGAGAUAACAGGGCAUGGUUUGCUGUAUUACCGUAUUCAAUAUCCGUAAAUCAAAUUCGCUGCAUCAACUCAACGUACUGGAUCCAAAAAGACGUUUGUGUGCAACUAGCCUUUACAGCACUGGCAUUAUCAUCUUGCGCCAUAAAACACUCAAAUGAAAGAACAUUUGUAACAUUUUGUGGCAGACUAUGGCAGCAGAUAACAAUGAAACAUACGGUAUCACACAACCUGUGUACAUUCAAGAGAUUGUACAUCACAGUGGGUACAAUAAUGAGCGAACUGAUGACACUAACAAGUACCACGAUGAACUGUACAGCUGCAAACAUCUACUUCACUUUCCUGAUGAGGUUGCCUGUAUUUUAACUGAAACUGAACAUUGUCUUUUCAACCAAGUUCAACCACAAAGUUAUGUGCGAUAUAUCACAUCAAAUGAAGUUGUCAUAAACGAACUUGGAAACUGUGCUAAUCACGAUGUUGGCCAAAAGACUGUGGAUGACUUAGUGCUAAGAUUCAAAGAGGUUUGUGAUUGGGUUACAGAAUGCAUUAUAGAUUCCACAUCAACUAAUGGUACCAAAGCUGUACUGAGAAGCCUCUCUGAAGUGGCGUUUAGCUGCUGGAAAGUUGGCAAUUUCAAUAGUGUUAUUGAAAUACUACAAGGAAUCAAGUCAGAUAAAGUUAAGAACAUUCUUGCUGGUGCUGAACUAGAAGACUCUAUAAUUUGUGAUCUGACAGAGGCAUUUUAUGGUGAUGGAAAAUUAUAUCUUGAAGCUAUUAAGAGGGCAAUACAAAUCAAAGGUUGCAAGGCUGUGCCUGUUUUUGGUAGCUUUUUAGAAGACCUUAAAGCUAUCUUUGAAGACACGCAAAUACUUAUACCUACCGAUAUAGAGCAGAAUGACAACUAUUUCGCAAGUGAAGAUGUGAUUGAUGAUAACAGCGAACAGAGACAUAUCAAUAUUCAGAAGCUACAGCUUGCUAGAUUUGUUCUUCAAGAUGUAAGUGCAUGUCAGCAAGAAAACAAGGAGGACGUGAGCAAAACAAACGAGGAGUUUAUUUAUUGUCCAAUUGUGAAUGUGGAGAACCUGCAUGGAAUUGAAAUAGUUCCCACCAAGAUGUUGGAGAAUAACCUACACCAAUUGCAGUUCAUGCACCAUGGGUCUACAGCAAUACACUGGGAAAAUGACAACAAUCGGACGGCCAUGUGUCUGUUAAAUCUAGAGGCCAGUAAUUCGAUACUUAUGUGGAGCAACCCGAAGGAUGGAAAAGCAAACUUUCUCACUAACACAGCUAUGUGCAGUAAGUUCUACCAAUCCCAAGUGAUUUUUAAUACGUUGGAGGAGGGAUACCUUAAUCUUUUGAAUGCUAAAGGUGUCUUUCUAGGAUCCAUGGAUGUUGAUUUUUUAGCAGUGACGAAACGACACAAAUUGAAUUAUUUGAACCAUGCUGAGAAUUGUGUUGUGAUUCAGUAUGGCUGUAGUCUUACUGACACAAGAACAUUGACCUUUGUCCUGCCAAAACAUAGUGCCCUUAAUUGGUACAAUGGACUCAAAGCAAUAAUUAAUGCUUUGCAAAAACUGAACAAGUCAACAAGUGAUCGGCGGUUUUUAUGGUUACAGAAGGAAUAUAUGCGGCUUUUUUAUGAAGCUGGAAGACUAACGCCACCAACACCAUUAGAUGCAAUUAAGGCAUUUGGAGGAAAAAAUGCAAUGUUACAAAAAAUUCCCGGAGAAAGAAGCACAGCAUGUGAAACUGGUCCAUCUUUACCAUCUAAAGCUAAAAAAAAUGUCCAGAAAAACUCAGCAAUUUCACUUCUGAAGAAGCCUGCAAACCGUAUUAUGGAGAACUCCUCAAAAAACAUACAAUGUUUGCAAAACCAAAAAAAUGCAAGUGUUCGAUUGACAGACCCAGCAGCAGCAAACCUUGAAGAGUUUAAUGUUGUGCAUUUCCGUGAAAACCAAAUGAGCUAUGAUACUCAGAGUUCUUUAGAACUCUGUAUUGAAAACAGAAGUAAGCUGGAUGAUGUGUUACAAAUGUUGGGUCAUGUUACCGGCCAUUACAGUAGUUCAAUCUUCAACUUUAGGAGCAACAAUGGAAGUAGGCGACAAUCAGUGGAAAAUAUCAAAAGUGUUUCCCGAACAGAUACGGAAUCAUCUCUGACAUUCCAAUCUUUUGUUGAAUUGUAUAAGUUAUUUAGUAUUCGAUGCCGAAAGGAUCUCAAAGAUAUAUUUCUUGACUAUGCAAUUCCAAUGACAAUCACAAAAGAAGAAGAUGCUGAUGAUGUACCCAAAGCAGUACCAACAUCCAACCAUGAUAAUUUGAGACAAUCUCUAGAUAUCUCAUUGACAAGAGACAUGGUACCGGUAAUUAGCACAAUUACAGAUGGCAACAAACGUAUUUAUGAUGCAAUUGCAGCAUCUAGCAUUCCUACAAACAUCGCUAGUAUCGAAAGCAAUCCAACAACAGGAAUGGGAUUAAACCAGCUUCGAAAAUUCCUGCGACAGAAACAGUUUGAAGAAUUAUCUGAUGAUGAAAUUAGUCAAUUGAUUCAGCAACAUGAACCAUCCCCAUUGCUGAGAAAAAAUAAGUGGAUGUCGUUCGAAGGCUUUGCCAAAUUUCUAAUGGAUAAGGAAUGUUUUGCAUUUAACAAUGAAGAAAUUAACGUUCGGACAGAGGACAUGAAUCAUCCCCUUAGCCACUACUAUAUUAAGUCAUCCCACAACACGUAUUUAACGGGACAUCAGUUGAAAGGUGAAUCGUCUUCUGAACUUUAUGCACAGAUUCUAUUAACAGGUUGUAGAUGUGUUGAGUUGGAUUGUUGGGAUGGAGAUGAUGGCUAUCCUCUUAUAUACCAUGGACACACACUCACUUCAAAAAUAAGUUUCAAGGAAGUUGUAAUUGCAAUUAACAGGGCAGCUUUUAUUACAUCAGACUAUCCAGUAAUCUUGUCUCUAGAGAACCACUGUUCAAUUCCACAACAAGCAAAAAUGGCUGCCAUUUUCAAGGAUGUGUUUGGUGAAAAUCUUGUGACUGAUUUCAUCUGUGAUGCAGAUCACAAUGUUAACCCUUCUCUACCUUCACCUGAGGAUUUGAAACACAAAAUAAUCUUAAAAAAUAAGAAACUGAAGCAACAGCUAAAGUUUGAUGAAUUUAAACUACAGCAGCAAAAUAGUGAGUCAACAUCAAACUUUCGAAAGAACUUACACAAUGGUUGUGAACGAGAGGAUACACAUGAUGGUAUUUCGAGUAGACAGAUUGCUAUGUUAGACAGUAACGAGAUAAACUCUUCAAGUUCUGAAACUUCAAGCCUUGUAGAAAAACAAUCAGUUUUACCAAUAACACAUAAUACAAAGAAAAAAGAAAAUGUUAAAAAUAAAACCAAUAUCAAAAACAAUGAUGUCAAUUCUAAAGUGUUUGGUAAUGACACAGACAUUGGAAAUUUCAUUAUAGAGGGUAUUGAACAUCGUUUGGAUAACUGCGGUAAUGAAUCUAGUGAGAAGACACACAAUGCGAGUGAAAAUAAAGAAAUUGUUCAAUGUCAUAAUGGUUCCCUGGAUAGUGUAAUUCCAAGAACAAAGAAAAUUGAUGUUGUUCCUGAAAUUGAAAAUAACGGUGCUCUUAAAAAAAUAGAAGAUGUUCCUGAUGAACCAUCGUUUAUCCUGUCAUCUGCAGAAAUAUUAGAAUGUUCAUUAGGAACUACAGAUAUACAUGUAUUUGAACAAGAAAAGCAGGAGGCCUCUGAUGUUACUCCAUAUGCAUGUGCAGAAUUCUCUGAAAAAUCGAUUUCAGAUGAGUCUGUAGGUUUGACAUAUCUCAAUCCUGUAAGUUUAAACACAAAUGAAACUGAUAAAGGCAUCGCGUCAACAGAUUCAGAUAUUAAAAUAUCUGAUAUAGAUUCAAAUCUCAUGGAUGAGCUAACAGCAGCUACACAUGUUAAAACCAUUGAUGAAUACUUUAAAAGAGAAAGUUUUGAAAAAAAAGAUGUACAGGCAGCAGACAAGGAAUUUGUGAACACAAAUAAAAAUAAGUUUCAGAACACAAAGGCUACUGCAACAGAUAUCAUGAAUGAAAUGAAGGUGGUACCUGAUAAAAGAGAAAAAAACAGUGAUAAAUUACGCAGUAUUAAAAAUGAACGGGUUGUAUGUUUACAUGAAGAAAAAUCUUUGGUCCAAGAAAAUCUGCUUAUAACAGAUAACAUUGAAGACACGCAGCAACAACAAUCAGAGUUCAGUGGAAUGAAAUACGAUAACCAAGAUCUACUUGAAGCAAGUGCAGAACUGCAACAUUUCGAUGAUGUUUGUUUGGAGAACAGUAAUGAACGAAAGUUUGUGUUGACAAAAAGCCAAUACCCUCUAGAAUUAGGAAAAGGAAAAUUGUUUGAAGAUGAUAAAUGGAAGGUUCAAAGUACAGAGAGAAACGUUCACAAGAAAAGCACAAUUGCAAGUGUUAAAAUAAAUAAUGAUAUAGAAGAAACUGUUUUUGUUCUCACAGGGUCUCCAAAAAUAGACUUAAAGAAUACAACUUGCAAUGAUGCCACAAUAUCAUUAGGCAUGUCUGUAAAUUCAGAAUACUCAAAAUCAGAUACGCCAAGUUUCUUGACUCCAAUACCUAUGAAUUAUGUGGAGGAAAAAGAACAAAAAGUAACGCAAAUAGAACAGGGUGAUGAACAACCAGAAAACGAUUCUGCAGCUCUGUCAUUCAACACCAAUGCUACAGAUGUAAAGGAUAACAUAUCAAAUGUACAGAAUGCGAGAAUCCUAACUAUAAAGACAAAUGAAACAAAACAGACAAAACUAUUUGAAGAAUUAGAAAAUGAAAAGGAAUGUGAAACUUCAAUUAUUAUUUCGUCAGGAGAAAAAAACAACUCAAAUGAUAUACUGAACGGGAUGUCAGAGGAGGUUUUCGAUGAGCAUUGUAAAGAUAUUUCUUAUUUGUCAGAAGAUCAAAAUGAAGUGCACACAAAAUCACCCACCCAAGAAAUAUUGACAGACCAAAAAUUCAGUGAAAGUCAAUUAAAAGUUGAUCACUCAGUAGUUGAUGAACAUAACAUUAUUCAUACAUCUGACCUAACACCAGAAGCGGCAAGUAAAGCUGUAGAAGUUGCCGAUUUGCCUACACAAGAGGAAAUAUAUAUUUGCGAUACAGAUCAGCAGUUAAACGAUAAACAAGAGGGCUCAGCAUUCUAUUUGGUGUCAGAUCAUCAUUCAGAUGCUGCAGACAAAAAUGAAGAUAAUAGUUAUGAAUAUUCUGCAGAAACCACUUGCCAAGUGAAUGACAAGAUUGAUAAUUUUGUUUGUGAGAGUAUCAAGGUAGAAAUGGAUUAUGACCAAACAGAAAAGAAAACACGAGGUAAAAAUAUGUAUUUGGGAAAGGAUGAUGCAGAGAUAUUUAUUGAAAACCUAAAUCCAAUUGAUAAAGGCGUACAAGAUUGCAAGUUAGAGGAAUUGAAGGCACACCACAAAGAAAAUACAGAGGAAAAAAACACUAUUAUAAGUGAAGAAAAGAAAUCUGUAGGAAUCAAUCUGUAUAAGAAAGAAAAAGAAGUAGAGAAUGAACUUCCAACUAGGAACUUGGAUAUCGAAAAGGCGCUCAAGUCUGCAAAUGCUGAUGAAGUGGUUAGAAAGACAACUGAUAUAGAUUUAACAAAGGUCAGACAAUAUCAUAACACCACUCGACCAUCCCCAACUCUAGGUAUAAAACAUACAAAAGACAGCCCAUCAAAACAAAGAAAGCAUCUUUUCCCAAAGGAGGAUUAUACAACCGAUACAGCAGAUACACUCAGAAGUCAAAAGAUGUCUAAAGGUGAAGUAAGGGAUCCUUUAAAGAAAAAGGGGCACAAGAAGACAGUGAGUGGAGGCUCUGUUCAAGAUCUUACAAUACUACCAACAUCAAAGCCUGGAGGAAAGGACAAAGUUAAAAUUGCUCAGGAGUUGUCUGACAUUGUUAUCUAUUGUCAAUCUGUCAAAUUUGCUGGAUUCUAUGACAAAGAUAAAAAGAAGAAACUUGAAAUUAAUUCUGAUAAUAAUGAGGAUCUGAUAGAUGGCCAACUGCCGGCAGAUAAAAUUGGUACUGCAAAAUGUUACCAGAUUUCUUCACUGAAUGAAAAUACCAUGAAGAAAACUGUAAAGAAGUACUCAAAAAGACUUAUAGAGCAUACUGAAAAACAACUGAUACGAACCUACCCAGCUGGAAUAAGAAUCGAUUCGUCCAACUACAGUCCUAUUAUGCCUUGGGCAUGUGGAAUUCAACUAGUGGCGCUCAACUAUCAAACUGAAGAUACCAACAUGAUCCUAAAUUACACUCAGUUUGAGCAGGCUGGUGGAAGUGGGUACCUUCUCAAACCAACAAUUCUGUGGGAUAAAACAAAUUCUAUGGGUAAGGACUUCAAUGAAAAAGACACAAAGGAUUUAUGUUCAAAAUCACUCAAAAUAACGGUGCUGUCCGGUCAAAAUGUCUGCCCAAAGAACUUAUCUGGAAAUCCACAGGUGGAGGUAGAAAUUCUUGGCAUACCAGCUGAUUGUGCAAAGUAUAAAACAAAGGCAGUUUCACAUAAUCAGCUAAAUCCAAUGUGGAUGGAAACAUUUGUUUUCAGCAUACAGUUUAAGGAAAUGGCAUUUUUGAGACUAGCAGUGACAGAUGGAGGCAGCGUAACUGCUCAGAGGUGUAUACCACUGACGCAGCUCAAACAAGGCUAUAGGCAUGUAAGAUUGCGUACUUCACAGAAUCUUCCUUUGGAACUAUCAAUGCUCUUCAUUCACUCACAACUACAAGAGGAAAAUCAAGAAGAGAACAAGGCAAGGGAAGACAUGCUGGUUAAGCUUUUGUAUUUCUACAUUGGAUAUGACUUUGACGAAAAUAUGUUAUAUUAUGAGAUGAAAAAUAAUACAGAGGUAGAGCAUGAGAUGAAGACAAUAAUGGUACAUGGAGUGCUUCCUUCUGAAAUCAGUUCUGUUCUCAAGGUUAAUGAUAAAACAAAAGCCAGUGAAGUCAUAGCACAGGCAAUGGGAAGGAUAAAACAUACCAUAGAUGACAUAACCAAGUACAGCCUUGUUGAACAAAUUCUAAUACAAGAUACAUCAUCAUCUGGCAUUCAGGAAGCUAAUGCUAUUACUAAAAUGACGUCUAACUUAAUAAACGGAAAAAAUGAUGAUCCUCUGGCUUCAGAAGAAGAUAUAGAAAGGAUUGUCAAAGAUGUUUUGGACAACAUGCUGGCAAAGAUGUCUGAAGAUGUAGAGUUGAUAAAUGAAGUUAUACAUGAAUCUUGCAGUAGUAGCAGCUACCUGUACAUUCAAAAUAUACUUGAAAUGGUUCUUGAUGAUGUGUCUGUUGUUUCUCAACGAUCUCCUGGUAUCAAAGGAGUUAAAGAAACGGAUUCAAAAGAGGAAUUAGUACUAUCUAUACUAGCAGAAAUCUGUGAAAAUAUAACCGAUGAUAAAGACAUAAUUGUGUCAAACAUAAUAAAUGACAUGGUUGAUUUAGUGCAUCAUUCAUGUAGAUCCAAUUCAGAUUUUUCUUUGCAAAAUGCAUAUGGUAAUGUAAAUGAUUACGACAACGUAACAAGUAUUACUUCAGAAAAUGAGAACUUGUGUGAGAAAAGCACUAGUAGUGCAUUUGCAGAUAGUCACUCAGACCAUCUUGAUUCAUCUAAAUCAGUUUCUAAUGGAUUUGAAACUGCCCCUGCAGGCGACACUUUCGAAGGUAUUAAAGGACGAGAAAUAGAUAGUAAGCUCACUAUUUCAGGUAAAAUGGUUGAAGACCCACUACAGAAGGGAUUGAAUAAAGGUGAAGAUAAUAUGAAUAGCAUGAAAGAUUCUGUUCAAACAAUCCAUGAUACUGAUAAUCCUGAUGUUUGUAAUAUAUUAAAUAUCUGUUGUGAUGAAGAAAACCUAGUUACUGAGCCAAUUGUUAUAAAUUCAGUUCAGGAACAACACAUCGAAAUUAUAGAUCCUAAAAACUCAAGCAGUGACAGAACUAACAAAAUAAAUGAAACUGAAAUGUCAGUUGAUGAUAUCAUUAAAGACAUUUUUGAGGACAUCAUCAAUAAAAUCGUGAUAGCGACUGAACUAUGUUAUACUAAUGAUAUAAAUGAGAGUUCAAUUAAGGCAGAUAUCAUGAAACCUGAAAUGGAAGACCAAAACAGCACAGGAGAAAAAUAUUCGGAGAAUCUGCAAUAUUUUGAUAAUUGUAAUUUAAAUAAAUGUCCGCAUAUGAACCAGGAUACGUUUCCAAAUACUACAGACCAUGCGAGGUUGCCUUAUUCCAAUCUCCGUAGAGGAGAAAUUAUUGAUGCGGACCAACAUAAUGAGUCUAUGAAUUUAAAAAUGGAACAAAAAUUGGAUGUUGAAAACACUGUAAUUUCUGAAAGGAAACUUGAUCCAGAUGUGAAAAUACUCGACAUCAUUAAGAAUUGGGAAGGUGGAGAGAGACUACUUCUAAAGUACCAAGGACAGGUACAACUUCCAAAUGAGCAAAACAGAGUAGCUAUCAUUGAUGAUAGUGUUGAUACUUUCCUGGCUUGGGUAUUCAACAUUUCAAAAGAGAAGCCUUACACAGUUUUUGAAGCUAAUGUGAAAAGCCAAGCAAUUCAUAUUAUAGCACAGGCACUGGCAAAAGCCCAUCGAAUAGACAGAAAUUUGAGCCGCUAUGUUCUAGUACAAGAAAUUUUCAAGGAUCUCACUAAGAAAAAUAGUGAAGAAAAUGCCAUAGUAUCAAUCGUGGAGGAUGAUGAAAAUGUCUUUCAACUUCAAAAUCUAUGGAAGACACCUGGAAGACUAACAAUAAAAGAAAGAAAUGAGGUAUUUACUAACACACUUCGCAAAAGUAUGAAGAAAAAAACACCAAAAGGUACACCAAUUAUGCCAAGACGACGUUCAGACUCGGAAGCAAGGAAAGCACAAAUAUUUAAGAAUGGUUUCAAACCUGAUGAUGUAAAGUCAGGCUUGAAAAAAGUAAAGGCUGAAUCGAAACAAGCAAAAAAAGAAGAAAAAAGAAAGAGGAAAUUAAAGAACAAAAAAGAAAAACAAGCAUUUCAAGAAGCCAAACUAAAGGAAGCUGAGGAUUUAUUAAAUAAGAGAAAGAAAAAGAAAGACAACAAAUUUAGAAAAGAAGCAAAUGAAGAAAACAAAAAUAUGAAAGGAAAAAUGACGAAAAUUAAGUUAACAAAAGGUUUAAAGAAAAAAGAAAAGGAAGCAACUAGUGAAGAAUUAAGUUCAACAUUUGAAAGUGAAGAUGAAGAGCAAACGCAUGACAAAGAGAAAAUCUAUUUAGCCAGAAACAUAAUUGAAGAAGAGAGUGAUGAAGAGAGUGAUGAAGGGACUGUUAAAGAAAGUAAUAAGGAGAGUGAUGAAGAAGAAGAUGACUGGUCAUCAGAUUCUGAAGAUCAAAAAUCCCAAGAGAGCGAUAAUAUUACCGAUGAUGAGAAUACAGACAUCGCCAAAGACAAUAACAAACAAAUAACAGAUGAACAAGGACAGGAUGAAAUGAUACAGAAAAUGACAAAUGCAGCAGAUAUAGAUAUUGACCUACAGAUGGUAACAGAAUAUAUUAAUCAGAUUGUUAAUUUUGCUAUCGCAGAGUGCAGGAAGAUUAUUUGUUCUGCAGCAAACAAAAAUGAACAAUUAAUUUCCUUUAAUGAGACACCAGAUGUGAAUGCAAUUAAUAGGGAAAUUGAACCAACAUAUGUUGAUACAAAAGCUGUAAGAGGAAGUGACAUCUUGCUGAAUAUUAUUUCAGAUUUUGAACAACUUCUUGAGAGUCCUGUGGUUAAAUAUGGUAAUAUUUGUCAGAAAGACUCUUUCCAGUCUAUGUCAGGAAGUGUUAAUGACAUUAUGUGUAUAGAGGAGGACCAUAAACAGGAAAUAGUUGAUGAGAAUGACCAGACGGAAAAAUCUAUGACUAAGUGUAAAUUGGAUUCUGUACAGACUUCUACCAAUUAUAGUGGUAAGCAAAGUGCUGUUAAUGUAAAUUCUGACUGCAACGCUGCACAAGAAUUAUCAUCUAUCUAUUUGCCCAAAAUAAAAUAUGAAGACCAGAACAGAGAAAAUCAUUUACCUCAAAAUAAGGGACAAGUGGUUAUUGCUAUCUCAAUGGAGAAAAAAAUACGUGAUGGUGAAAUCAGUUCAUCACAGAAUAUAUCACAGCUCUCAAAAUAUACUCACAGAAAUAAAGUACCUUCAGAGCAAUUAGUGAUUGCAGUAACGAUGGAGCAUUCAACGGCAAACGAAUCCUUUAAGAAGACUAGGUAUGUAGAACCAGCAAUUGUCCAAAAACAAUAUGAAAGAACAACAAGCAGAUCAAAGACAUCAAGUCCUCUAUCCACCAAGAGGGUGAAAGCAGUUCCAGCAUUUAGCGUUCCUCUUGCUAAGUUUGGAGAUGAUGAGUGCAUAAUCACCACAUUACCUCUUGAAGAAACAUCUGUGCACCAACUUUCACAUACUCGAAGAUCCCAAUCAGUAGAAAUUUCGCAGAAGUCAAUAAACAGCAACGAUAGCAAUCAGUUAUGUGAUGAAAAUCCGAGGAGAGCACACAGUCUGCGUCAAAGUUACAAUGGGGCUGAAGGGAAAAGCAGUUCAAGAGGAAGCACGAAAAAGGAAAGCAGAUUUUCCCCAAGGAGAAAAAAAUCUUUUUCCCUUACGAAAAGUGACAAGCAUUAUAAAAAUGUUGAUGCAUGUCAUUCUAAAACUUCAGAUGAUGAGGACUAUUUGGAAAGUCCAAAAAUGAAGACAUUUUUUAGUAUAUGCAGUGGUAACUAACUUUAUAAUAAUAGAAGUAUAUUUUGUUCAGGAGAUAGCGUAUUCAAACUGGUUUUGAUUUACUUAAUAUUAGCUUUCAUAGGCAUCAGAUAAGCAUAUGAGACUAAAUGGAACAAGAGAUUAUUUUAAAAGCAUACAUACACAAAUAAUAUUGUAGGGUAUGAGCAGUGGCGUAACGAUGGGGCCGGGGGCCCUGUGUAUUUUUGGAACUGGGGCCCCUUUUGGGUCCCGGACACUAAUUCCAUCGUGGGAUUUUAGAUGUUAUCGUGUGAUUGUUAUUCUAAAUGUUUUUAACGACGAAAAAUUAUAUAAUAUGGAGGAACUUUCACAGUUGUAGGGUCUAUACCACCUCAGACCCACCAUGGUUGGGGCUGAGGUAAAAAAAAACCUAUGAAUUAUGGCACAUUUAGAGGGCCGGAAAUGGCACUUCACAGACAUAAAAUUGUGAAUAUAAUUUUCUUUUUAUUUCCAGUUAAAACCAUUUUUUUGACAAAUUUAGUGGGGCUCCGGGCCGGCAGCUCCCCCACCCACCACUCUUUAUUCCACCACUGGAUAUAAUAUGAUAUGUCCUACAGUCGAUUUCAGACACAAAUUAUGUUGUUGUCCUUGUGGGGCUGAGAUAAGAAAAUGUAUUAUUAUGGCACGUCUAGAUGGCCGGAAAUGGCACUCACAGACUUAAAAUUAUGAAUUUCAUUUUUUUAAAUCUGCAUUUUAAAUGUUUUGACAAAUUUUGGUGGGGUCCCGGAACGAGAGGGUCCUGUCGGGCUGACGGAGCCCCCUCUCUUUAAUCGUUAUAAUAUGAAAUAUGCCCCACAGUAGAUUUCAGAGACACAUUAUGGUGCUUUUUAUCAACAAAGUCCUUUUUGGUCAGGGUGCUAUAUCGAGGAACUUAUGGGUAGGGCCCCUAGAAUUCGGGGCCCCUGCGGACCGCCGCAUUAGAGCGCAUAGGCGUUACGCCACUGGGUAUGAGCAUAUUUGUAAUGUUUUUAGUGAGAACAUUUACAUUCAUAUUCUCAAAACCACAAGUUGCCCCAUCUCUCUUUAAAAGCUACCAUACAGGUAUUUUCUUAUACACAGGAUCAACAUUAUUUGAACUUGGUUUUUUAAUGCUAUUGUGAUGUAAAACUCACUGCAAUUUGCUUAUUUUACUGUGUAAAACUUCCUUUAUCCUCUAUUAAAGCUGGGUUUUUUUUCAUUUGUUAUGUGACAAAACAAAAAUUGGCGAUAUUUUGAAUGUUUGUAACAAGAUUCUGUGUCUAUUGUUGGUUCCCAUAAGGGCAGAUGGGCAGCAUUCAAUAAAAUUUCUCAUUCUGUAGACGAGGAA